GCCUUUCAGUACCACCUGUCUUGCCGUUCUUAGAACCUCGUUUAUUGCCCUAUUCGUCGUGGGUACCGCGAAGCAACGGUGGUACCCUCUGUCCAUCAUCCUCUUAUCAAGCGGAGCCGCGGUACCCGGUGGUGUCCCUCUUGACCAGGCGGUGCCAGUACCGCUUCGACGUUCGCGCUCAAUCCAAGGCGGCCUAGGCUAGCGCGUCGCGACUCAUUCGAACAAGUGAAAGACGGAAGUAGUAGGCGGCCGCGACUUGCGAUUGUUUUUGACGCGGGAGUUUCGAACCCGGGGAUGAUGAGUGUGACGUAGUGCGAUUUUCGCUACGGAGUGCCUUUUGUGGGAUUUUUCUGUGAUCGUUUUGGAUUUUUUCGCUUAUUGGAUAAAUUCGAGUUUCGAAGAUGGUAGGCCUGAAAAUAGUCGACGACCUGCUGAACAAGUCUUUCUACAAGCUAGGCCUGGUAGUAGGCAAGUACCCCGGGUACUUCCUCAUAGUACCCAUCCUGCUGACGUUUCUCGGCAUGACGGGGUACCAACGAAUGAAGAACAACAUCGAUCCAGAGUACCUGUUCAGUCCCCUCAACGGCGAAGGCAAAUUUGAGAGGGCCAUAGUCGAGAGCUAUUUCAAAGUCAACUAUUCUAGUCGAUUUAGCGUUUCUAGGAUCACCAGAGCAGGUCGCUUUGGAAGGGUGAUCCUCACCACCAAAGAUGGCGACAAAAACAUGUUGCGAACGGCUGUGUGGGACGAAGUCAGACUACUUGACGAGUAUAUCCAGAACAUGACUGUACACUUCGACGACACCUACUUCACCUACAAGGAUAUUUGUGCGAAAUGGAUGGACGAAUGUUUUUUCAACGACAUUUUGAAUCUGCACUAUAUCAUGGACGACGUAGAGCAAAAGAAGAUAAACCUGACGUUCCCUUUGAUGUUCAACCCUGUAACUUGGGACGCACAUGCUUUUCCGGUAUUCUUCGGCGGGACCCAAGUCAGCGAAGAUGGUCUCAUUAUUAGCGUCCCGUCUGUGCAACUCGUCUAUUUUGCCAACUCCGAUUUUAAAAGAAACGAUAAAUUGGGUUCUGCAUGGGAAGACGCAUUUUUGGACCUCAUAGAGACACUUCAAGAUAAAGAAAACAGGUUCAAAUAUAUAAGGAUAGCGAGAUUCUCGUCUAGAACGUUGGAUCACGAAUUGGAGAAAAAUACAAAGUCUGUAAUGCCGUACUUUUCGUCGUCUUUUGGAAUCAUGGCUGUUUUUUCAGUGGUGACCUGUAUGAUGUUCGACUGGGUUCGCUCCAAGCCGUGGUUAGGCCUUUUGGGCAACGUUAGUGCAGCCAUGGCAACGUUGUGUGCAUUUGGACUUUGCAUGUACGCCGGAGUCGACUUCAUCGGUAUCAAUUUGGCUGCGCCAUUCCUGAUGAUAGGUAUUGGGAUUGAUGAUACCUUCGUGAUGCUAGCAGCUUGGAGACGGACAUCUAUCAAAACGCCAGUACCUGAAAGAAUGGCUCAAAUGUUGAGUGAAGCAGCAGUUUCAAUAACUAUCACUUCUGUGACGGAUUUCUUCAGUUUUUGGAUUGGAAUUUUCAGUCCGUUUCCGUCUGUCACCAUAUUCUGCAUUUACUCAGGUGCUGCUACCGUACUGCUAUUCAUUUGGCAUUUGACAUUUUUCGCGGCUUGUGUCGCCAUAUCCGGAUAUUGCGAGCAGAAAAAUCUACAUUCUAUUUUCUGCUUCAAAGUUCUGCCCGUUUCCAAAUCACAGGACAAAUGCUUCCUGUACCGCUGGUUCUGCAGCGGCGGGGUCGACCCCAAAGACGCGGACAACCCCGAUGACAACAAGGAGCACGGCAUGAUGAUUUUCUUCAGGGACUAUUUCGCGCCAAUAAUCAACAACGGUUGCGUCAAAGUUUUGAUCAUCCUCAUCUUCGGAGUGUACCUUCUCGGAGCCGGGUAUGGAAUCACGCAGAUCGAGGAGGGACUAGAAAGGAGGAAGGUUGCGAAGAAUGAUUCGUACGCUAUCGAGUUUUUCGAUAGGGAGGACGAUUAUUAUAGGGAGUUUCCUUAUAGGGUUCAAGUGAUAAUAGCUGGCGAGUACGACUACUCAGAUCCAGACGUUCAACACCAAGUGGAAAAUCUAACUCAGACGUUCGAAAACACAUCUUACAUCUCCAACACCCUGUAUACUGAAUCGUGGCUGAGAAGUUUUCUACAAUAUGCACAGAGAAACGAAGACUACCUGAAUAUAUCGAUCUCGAAUAAGAAAGAUUUUAUCAAGGCUUUGAAAGAGUUGUGGUUAGCGCCGUCUAGUGCGUUCUCUCUAGAUGUGAAAUUUGAUGAUGCUGGCGAAGACAUAAUAGCCAUGAGAUUUCUGAUCCAGGCAGUCAACAUUUCCGGCACAGAACACGAGAAAGAAAUGGUCAGAGCUCUCAGGAAGAUAUGUAAAGAAUCGACGUUGAACUGUACUGUUUUUCAUCCCUACUUUGUGUUUUUCGAUCAAUUCGAGUUGGUUCGUCCGCUGUCCAUCCAAAACAUAAUCAUAGGAGCCAGCAUAAUGAUGUUAGUGUCGUUCAUCUUCAUCCCCAACAUUCUCUGUUCGUUCUGGGUCGCCCUGAGCAUUAUUUCGAUAGAAGCAGGAGUUGUGGGGUACAUGGCGCUGUGGGGAAUCAAUCUAGAUUCCAUAUCUAUGAUCAACUUGAUUAUGUGCAUAGGUUUCAGCGUUGACUAUACAGCCCACAUCUGUUACGCCUACAUGUCAUCCAAAGCGAAAACGCCCGAUGAAAAAGUGAAAGAAAGCCUGUACGCUCUUGGCUUGCCCAUUUUCCAAGGCUCAAUCAGCACGAUAUUGGGCAUGAUUGCUCUUCUUUUGGCGAACAAUUAUAUCUUCUCGGUGUUCUUCAAAAUGGUGUUUUUGGUUGUCUUCUGUGGCGCAAUGCACGGGUUGUUCCUGUUGCCUGUUUUGCUAUCGUUAUUCGGACCGGGAUCCUGUAGUCGACCAGAAAUAGAGGAUGACAUGAAACUGUCCAGCAUUGAAAAAUCGUUGCCUCAUCCGUACUGCAUCCCUCAUCCACAAUUUACCCUGAAUGGCAGUACCCUAGGUGGUGCUAAGGGUGGAAACCUUGCCACCAUAGAAAGAUACAGCAAGAAGCCGUACAAAUCCUUUCCCGAAGUGGACAAAGAUCUGGGCCUAGGCACUUCCGAAGAGAACUCGAGCGAGUCUUCCAUUCAGUCUCACAAGAAACAGGUAGAGGGCGCUUUCGACGACGCGGCGUUGGAGAAGCGAUACAGAGACGCCUGGCGCAGGAAUUCUGAACACGGUGUAACCGCCUUCAACAGAAGCAGGAGCCCGCCGCAGGUGUUGGACAUCUUUGGACAUGAGGCCGAGAGCGAGUACUAUAAGUACAAGCAGUCGAAAGACGGCGCUUCGGACGGGACUAGAGGGAGGAUGUAUGACAGUCCUGCAAGGUCAAGGUAUGAAACGGCCCAUAGGAGAUACUCCCCACCAGAAGCAAGAUAUGCAUCGGCUCCAAACGGUGCAUACAGAGGGAACAAUGCCCAUUUGUUCAGGAGCAAUUCAUAUCACAAUGUGCAUCCCAAGUUCUACAGAGAGUCCAAGUUUCCCUAGAUAGAACUUUUUCAAUUAGGUUUCAAAUUAACAAAAUGACUAAAGUGUUAAGUGACAGUUGACAUAUUUGUCGCAACGAAAUACAUUUGGUGGCGAUUUAUUUUGUGCAAAUAGGUCCUUAACAUAGCAUUCCUAAUACUAUGAUUGUUUCUUGGUGUGUGUAUAUAGAUGACUGAAAAACAAUGUUAUCCGUUUCAUUUUGUCAAAAAAUUUAAAGCAUUUAUUGCCAUCGUAACCUGUUAACAAAUGAUAGUACAGGUCUAAAAAUGUAUGUGAAUAUACCAAUUUUAUGGAAAAAUUAAUUUUUUUAAUCACUUCCUCUCUUCAAAAAGAUCUUUGCUUUUCUAGAAAAUUCAUUUUGCAGCAAUUCUACUAUAAAAUUUUUACAUUUCUUAACAAAAAUAGUUAUUUAUAAAACAAGGGAAAAAAGUACUAAAAAACAUUGCCUUUUGGUCAUCACUAUACACAUCAUGAUUUUAUCAAAUAAAAAGUAUUCAGAAUGAAGUUGAAGAACAGUAACAGUAACAAAAUCUAUGUUGUUUUCUAUUGUCCCAGGCUCUGUCGGAGCAGAUAUAUUGAGAAUAAUCGAAGAAUUUUGUGGAGUCACAUAGUAGCAUAAACAAAAUUGAAAAAACACAGAGGUAACUUAAUUUUUCUUUUGAAAAUUCAGUUGAUUCAUCGCUUUAUAGUUUGUUUGAAAACCUAAAAGAAAAAGGAAUUUUAUGCCUCGAAAAAAAGCCAAAUUUCUCUAUAAAAAAUUGGUUUUCAUUACAAUAGAAUUUUUUGUCAACUUAUACAGAGUGUUUGAAAAAUAGACGGAGAUAUUAUAGAAGCUAAUUUCCUGUUAAAACAUGAAAAAAAAAUUUAUAAACAUGGAUCCGGAGUUUUCAAGAUCAAUUAAAAAAAUUCUUCUUUUAUUAAUAUUUUAAAAAAAAUAUUUACUCGAUGCUGUUUAAAUUUGGCAAUAUUAUUUGUUCUAUUAAGAGGCUGAGUAGAUUAAAAUUAUUAGGUCCAGUGGCGUCCCGAGGGCUCUUUAUUGAAUUUUGAUAGAAUAUAAUUAUGAAUUCCAGUGGCGUCUUACGAAUAAUAUUGACAAAAAAAGUAGGCCGCGGACUUUUUAAAAAAUAUAUAUUGUUUUUGAAUUAAGCAGACAAAGAUACAACUUUCUUGUCUCUUGGUAUGUCUUCGUAUCUCGCUUCGUUUUCGAGGGAAAAAGAAUUAAAAUACCCAGAUUUCAUGUCAGAUUUUUUUAAAAUAAAAUCAAUUUAAUUUGAUGAGUAUGGAAAUUAAUGAUUUGACAGAAUAUUCACAAAAAAUCAUAAUUUUUCGAAAUAUAAAGAACUUAUUCUUUUUUCCUCGAAAACAAAACAAGAUACGAAGAGAUACCAUGGGACAAAAACGUUGUAACAUUAGCUGCUUAAUCAGGAAAAAGCAUGUAUAUUUUUUUAAAACUUCUGUGGCGCGCUUUUUUUUGCCAACAUUAUUCCUGAGAAUACCGCUUCGAGACGCCGCUGGGACUCAUAUUUAUUUAACAAAAUCGGCAAAGAAUCUUUAAUAUAUCAAAAACAACAUUUUUAUAAAUUUUUGAAAAUCAGAUAUGAUAUAUCAGAUAUGAUAUUUUACUUAAAUUUUGCUUAAAAUUUCGCCCUUGGAAUGACGGCAUAUCACCAAGUAACACUCUGUAUGUUUAUAUUGUUUCUGAAACCACACUUUUUUCUAUAAAUUUACAUAUAAGUACAUAACUUUGUUUAAUAUACGUUUAAUACUUAAACAUAUAUUGUAAAACAAAAUGUUGCUGAAUCACCACAUUGUAAAUAGAUUUUUAUACAUAUAUUCUUUAAUCCUACUAUGUGUGUCUUACUUUUGUAAAUAGGACUGAAUGCAUUUUUUCAGUUAUAAGUUUAGGAUACGUGUUAAAAUAGUUUUUUCUCUCUAAUUUCUAUUCUUAUUUUAAUGACGUGAAUACUGACGCUAAGUAUUAACUUGGUUUGCCUAUCUCUACCUAGUCAUUGUGGCAAUUCUUUGCUUAAUAUUGCCACUGACUUUACCUAAAUAUUGCUCAAAUAUUUAAAGCAACGUGUUUGUACAUACAAAGUAUAUAGUUUCAUAUUUAGAUUUAAGUUUUUGUAACAUAUUUUCGCAUAUAUUUUGAAAUAAAAUCUUAUUUAUAG